GUAAAUUUUUCACUCCCCUAUAAAGAUAAGUCCCACUCACCCACCCACAUAUAAAUACACACACAUAAUUUUAACAACUUCCACCACAUAUAUACCCAUCUUCAAUCUCACUCAUGCAAAUGGAGUCUUCCAUGCACGGUGGCGAGAACCCCUCAGCCGCCACCGGCAUCUUCGGACGCUGGCGGCGGAAGCUCAAGGCCUUCCCGAAAGACCUUUUCGGGAAGGCGGUUGAGUUUGCCAGGCAAACCAGAGCCCUGGCAAAAGAUGACCCAAGAAGAGUGAUACACUCAUUCAAAGUCGGUCUCUCGCUAACUUUGGUUUCAUUGCUAUAUUACCUCCACCCGUUCUACAAGAGCUUUGGGGUCUCCACAAUGUGGGCCGUCGUCACUGUCGUUGUCGUUUUCGAAUUCUCUGUUGGUGCGACCUUGGGAAAGGGAGUGAAUAGGGGGCUGGCAACGUUGGUAGCAUGUGGACUAGGAAUUGGAGCACACUAUUUGGCCAAUCAAAGUGGGAAAAUUUGUGAGCCACUUCUGCUUGGCUUAUUUGUCUUUCUCCAAGCGGUGACAUCGACAUUUGUAAGGUUUUUCCCAACAGUGAAGGCAAGAUAUGACUAUGGACUGGUCAUCUUCAUCCUCACAUUUUGCCUCAUCUCCAUUUCUGGUUUUCGGAACGAGGAAAUCAUCGACUUGGCUCACAAGCGGUUUUCCGCUAUAGCCAUUGGAGCUUCGAUCUGUUUCAUCGUCUCCAUUUGUGUUUUCCCUGUCUGGGCUGGGGAGGAUCUUCACAAUCUUGUUGCUGACAACUUGGAGAUUCUUGGUUUUUUCUUAAAAGGAUUUGGAGCUGAGUAUUUCAAAGAUGAAGAAGACGGCAGCAGUGAGGCUAAAUCAUUGCUAGCUGGAGCUGGCUACACUACUGUUCUCAAUUCUAAAACCAUUGAAGAAACUCUGGCAAAUUUUGCAAGAUGGGAGCCAGGACAUGGGCGGUUCAAGUUCCAGCAUCCAUGGAAACAAUACCUGAAAAUUGGGACAUUGACCAGGCAGUGUGCCUCUAGGGUUGAAGCCCUCAAUGGCUACCUCUCCUCUCAACUUCAAAUGCCAAAAGAGAUAAUAAGAAUAAUUAGGGGAGCAUGCACCAAAAUGAGCAUGGAGUCCGGGAAGGCACUCCAAGAACUGGCAUCAUCCAUGAGGAACAUGAGCCACCCCUCCGCCGCCGCCACCAAACACCUCGCCACCGCCACCACCGCCGCCAAAAGCCUCAAACUCCUCCUCAUCAACUACUCCCCAGCUUGUUCCUUCUCCGAAGACGGCGGCGGUGGCGUCGUCGACCUGCUUCAGGUGAUUCCUGCCGCCACCGUGGCCACCAUCCUCGCCGAGAUUGUCGCCUGCGUGGAAACCAUCGGCGAGGCCGUGACCGAGCUGGCUUUGCUGGCACAGUUUAAGGUCGUCGACGGCGGCAGCGGCGGCGGCGAAGUGAUUAUUUCUUUAGAAGAGAAGACAUUAAAGGUUUCCAACUCUAUCGAUGUUAUUAUUGCGUCUGAGCCGUCCGAUGGUCGGACGGGUCAGACGCCCUGACGAGAUGGCUCGUACAGACCAUGGCACCAUGUAUUAUAAAGAUCACAAGCAUUAAGACUAAUUCUAUUUAACAUAGAUUAUAAGUUUCAUAAUUAUUAAUUUAUAACAAAGGGUUUUCCAACUC